UUUCAUUUUAAAGCGAUAUUGUUUCUUAUCAGUGAAUUGAUAAAGGUUUGGAUUGAAUACAAAGUUUAGUUAUUUCAUUGAGUGGUUUUCUUCAGCUAUUUCUCUCCGGAAAAAAAUGAAUUUCAAAAAUAAAGUUGUUGUCGUAACUGGUAGCAGUAGUGGAAUUGGAGCUGACGCCGCAGUUUACUUAGCACAAAUGGGAGCAGAUGUUGUUUUGGUUGGACGUAACGAGAUGAGAUUGAAUGAUGUGAAAAAUCAAAUAAUUUCCAAUGGAUCGUCGACGCCACUUGUGAUUGUUGCCGAUGUAACCAGAGACUGUGAGAAAAUCAUAUCUAAAACCGUCGAACAUUUUGGAAAGAUCAACGUUUUGAUCAACAAUGCCGGCAUUUUAACAGAAGACAAUAUUGAGAACAUUACAAUGGAAGCAUUUGAUAAAAUGAUCGAUACAAAUUUGCGAAGUGUCAUUCAAUUAACUCAAAAGGCAAUACCAUUCCUUGAGCAGACAAAGGGCAAUAUUUUGAAUGUCUCAAGUACAGCUGGCAUGAAAGCUGUUGCCAAUUUGAUGUCUUACUGCAUUUCAAAGGCUAGCCUCGAUCAGUUUACUAAAUGUGUUGCCUUGGAUUUGGCUUCAAGGAAUAUCAGAUGCAAUGCAAUUAACCCGGCGGCCAUUCGCACCCCGAUUUAUCGAACACUCGGAAUUGACAGCGAAGAAGAACAAGCCAUCUUCAAUACAUAUCAGUCACGUUAUCCAUUGGGACGAAUUGGUGAAGUGAGUGAUACAUCUGCAGCUAUAGCUUACCUCACAAGCGAUGCAGCCUCAUUUAUAACCGGCACUCUUCUGAAUGUUGAUGGCGGCGCAUUAGUAGCGGGCUUUGACUGAAGUAUUCAAAUUCAUUUAAAUAUAUUCUUCAAUUUUGAUAAUUGGGAAUAAAGAGAAUUUGAAAACUACAAAGAAUUCAA